GAAGAUCUGAUCGAGAGCUUUGUCCUUGAAUGGAAAGCAAUAAAUGAGAGAGAUUGGAGGCAGCACAGAAAUCCGAUUCCCUUCUCCGGAUGGCAACGACCAUACUCUGUUGACCUUGGAGAACUACCCAAAGGUCACACUUACCAGGUCCGAAUUGUGGUCCGAGACAUGAACCGCGGCACCGCAUUCACAUCUCCAAUUGUGCAAGUGCAGACCCAAUCUGCUUGUCAAUCGCCCCGUCGAGCUCCUACGAACCUGCAAGUGUCCCCAAUUGGGCCCACACAGAUUAGGCUUACUUGGGCUCCACUGCACGAGAGCGAGUGGAACUGUGAUCGUCUAUGGUAUAUUGUGAAGUACAGCACACCUAAAAACCAGGGAUUCAAAAAUCUCACCCAAGGAGAGAACUCUGUGGUGUUCGAGUCGGAUCCUUACACGAAAUGGAACUUCGAGGUACAAGCGGCCAACCCUGCGGGAGAGACGGAAUGGUCACGAACGGAAACUGCGCAGACUCAGGAUGCUUCCCCAGGACCUGUUAUGGACCUUCGCGUACAGCCAGUCGGACCAGACAGUUUGCAAGUUAGCUGGAGGCCUCCUAUCAACCCCAACGGCUUGAUUACUCAAUAUGAAGUGACUUACCACCUGAUCAGCAAGGGUAUGUGCGAUCAACAGCAAGAAAUGCCAAGGACGAUCUCUGUCACAACACCACAUCAUGUCAUUACCGGGCUUCAUCCUCAUUCGAGAUACAGGGUCUCUGUUGCCGCAAAAACUACUAUAGCCGGCGAGCGAGUGUCACAAGAAGUCCAGACCGACCAAUCCGUUCCGGCUGCUCCGCCUGUUUAUCUCAGAGUAGAAGAAGCCAGAGAAUCUGAUGCUAGCAUUAGUUGGCAAGCACCUCCUUGUCUUCAAACAAACGGAGAGAUCACCGAGUACGAGUACGAGAUCAAUCCAGCAGAUCGCCGUGCAGCUCAGCAGCGAAUCGCCAAUAUUGUGCGCGGAACCAGAACUCAGAUC